CUUUCCUUCCCCACCCCCUUAGGAAAUAAAGUAGUCCUCCCUUCCUCCUUCUGUCUUUUUUUUUCUCAUUCUUCUGCUUUUUCACCCCAUCAACCCUUUCCUCCCCCCCUCCCAAACAAUCCCUAUUACAGAACAACAAGGGAAAAACCCAUCUAGGAGAAGGAGCAACCAUGACCCCCUCCUGCUCACAGAAGCCAGGAGGACAAAUCUAAAUACAUGGAGGACUUUAUUUUAUAAAAAUAUAUUAUUUUUUUAUUUCAUUUUUUUUUAAUGGACCGGAUGAUUUCCAAAUGCAACAAUAAAACCUACAGCUUUGCAGGGGAGGUAGCUGUAUCCUGUUGGGUGGCAGGCAUAUCCAAGGGGUACCAUGAAAUACCCAGGGCCCCUGGAGAGCCAGAGACUGUCCUUUCUUUUAGAAAGGGCAGUCUCUAGGGAAGCCCAGAUGUGGAAGGUGUAUGUUCACAAGACCUCGCCCAAUCAGGAUAUAGCUAUUUCUCCAGAACAGCGGGAUGAAGUGAUCCAGUGGCUGACCAAACUAAGGCACCAGUUCCUCGUUUACCCAGAAACCCUUGCUCUGGCCAUCAGUAUUUUGGACCGUUUUUUGGCUUCUGUAAAGGCCCGUCCAAAGUACUUGAGGUGCAUUGCCAUCAGCUGCUUCUUCCUUGCAGCCAAAACCUCUGAGGAAGAUGAGCGGAUUCCUCUCCUCAAGGUCUUGAUCAAGGAAAGCUCUUGUGGCUGCUCUUCGGCUGAGGUCUUUAGGAUGGAGAGGAUAAUUCUGGACAAACUGAACUGGGACCUUCACAUGGCCACACCGUUGGAUUUCCUUCAUAUUUUCCAUGCCAUGGCAUUAGCUGCUAGUCCUCAGCUGCUGGAUCAGAUGCCUGAAGUGAACAAAUCACAGCACAUAGCACUGCUUACCAACCAGCUUCUCCGAUGCAUGGCAUCUUACCAGCUCUUGCAGUUUAAAGGUUCCAUGCUGGCACUAGCACUACUCAGCCUGGACAUGGAAAUACUGCUUCCUGAUUGGCUUGCUCUUACCAUCAAGCUGCUCCAGACUGCACAGAUGGAUAGCUCCGAGCUGUUCCACUGUCGGGAAGUAGCAGCACUGCACCUUUCUCCUUUGCAGGCUCCCUUGCCUCCCAAUGCGUUAUACGUCUACCAUCCCCUCAAGCGUACCUUGGUAACCUGCAACAGAGGAGCGUUUCAAAUGCACCCCUCCCCUGUGUCAGGGCCAGGAAUUCAAAGCAAGCGUACACCAGGAGGUCUGACCAAUGGAGCAGCUGUCCUCCACCGGCGACUUGCAGCUCCUGCCACUUGUAAGCAGGCUUCUGCCAAGCGAAAGGUGGAGCAGAUGGAAGUAGACGACUUCUAUGACGGGAUCAAAAGGCUCUACAAUGAAGAUGGUGCUGCGGAGAUUGGGGGCAUGGAGAUUGUGACUUGCGGCAGUGGCAAGUCCAGAAAAGAAGGCAGCAUAUCUCCAUGCCCACAAUUACAGGCAGUGCCUGUCAUGUAACAUCAAAAGUACCAUGUGCCAGAUAAGAUUCCCCUUGAGAGCUGUUAAUGCCAUGCCUUGCCAGAUUUGGGACAGAGACCAGCAUGUCUUGCCUGAUUUUCUCAUGCUGCUAAUCCUAGCUCAAUAUUAUUGUCAUUAAAAGAAAAAAAAUACAUGAAAACAAAAAAAACCUAUUUAAAAAAAAUUAAAAAAUCCAAAAGUCUGAAAACAGGAACAAAAAAAGUAGCAAAAUUGUUUAAACUUUUUAGUGUCGUCAGUUCCAUUUCUGUAAGCUAGUGUAUCUUCUAUGACAUAUUCUCGUGCAAGCCUGUUCUACCAGGUCCUCUGAGCUUGUCCUUCGCUAUUAUCUGAUCCUUCUUGUCUUUUUUUUUUUUUUUUUUAAUUGUUUUCUGUUCUGUGUGCUUGUGCUUCUCUGUGCACACUGACCCUACACUAAAAAUGUUUUAAUUCCUUUUUAAAUUAUCAAAAGAUAAGUGACAUCACUAGGGCAAGUUAAGCUAGCUCAUUGUGAAGUCACGACUCCAGUAUAAAUCUAUAUAGUUUUGUCUUAUCUAGUUCUCAGUCACAUAUAUAGUACCCGUUUAAUUUCAAAUCCGGGGGCUUAAUGCAGAAUACUGCAAAGAUUUGUUUGCCCUCUUUUAAUACUCCAAUCAUUGCAAUAAUAACUACUGUACAGAAAUACGUAUUGGUUGUGAAAUUAUUCAUUAAUUAGUGAUAUGAAGCCUUUCAGUGCUUUCCUGUACAAUAUAAAAAUAUAGGAUAUCGCAGUAGUAACGUCAUGGUAAGAUUUCAGUGACAAGUAGGUUGAUAAACAUACAUACAUACAUGUAAAUUAACAUAUGAGUUUCUUUCAAUUGCAGUUCAGCACUGACCAAAUAAUUUUGGAAUUACUCACAUCAUAUUAGAUUGGGGGAAUUGCUUUUUGCAGUUAUAUAAAUGCAUCCUUAUAGAACCAUUGCUGGUUUUAAGAAUGUCUAGGUUAGAAUCUGGGUUCUAGAGACCACGAUAAGAUCAGAUCUGAUUUAGCAGUAAUUCUAAUAUGUCUGAGCAUGUGUGUUUAUUUCUUUCUGUACACCUGCCCUUUCUCAUGAUGACUCUCUCUUGAGGUCUCUGCACAGUCUGCGGAGGGCAUGGCAAUUAAAAUAUCUGCUUCAAAAUAAAGUCCUCCUGGCCACUCCAAA